CAACUCAUCUUCAACACGUAUCAACUCUAACAAUCUUACACGUACAUACAAGAGUACAGAAGAAACCACGUGUGCUGUAUAUAUAUAUAUAGAGAUCACGCCGCGCAUUCAAGCCAUGUUUAUCUGAAGUUCAACCACAACUUUCUAAGCAGAGAAAGGAAGAAACUAAUUUCUCCAUAUGCUGAGCUGAUGUGCUUAAUUCUUAUUUCUGAGAGCAGGAUGGGCAUACUUGUGAUUUUGUUGCUCACACUUUUGCCUGGGCUGUUUAUGGCUGAUUUGACAGAGAAUUUAGCUCUUUGGGCCAAUGCUGUGCAGUCCUCUAUGGGUGACCCACAAGGAGAUGCACAACAUGCAGUAGAUGGCAACAGAAACCCAGAUUUCUACAAGGACUCAUGCACUCAAAGUCUAAUUCAGAGUGAUCCCUGGUGGAGAGUGGACCUCACAAAUAACUACAAUAUAACCAAGGUUACUAUCAUUCAACGUGAAGACUGUUGCAAAUGGCAAAUAGUAGGAGCUCAGAUUCGUAUCGGUAACAGCCUGGACAAAAACGGAAAUAACAAUGAGCUGGCUGCAACUGUUUCCACAGAUCCUCCUGUCACACAAACUUUUGAGUUUAAGCCUAUUAAUGGGCAAUAUGUCAACAUUUAUCUACCUGGGAACCAAAAGGUCCUCAGUCUGUGCGAAGUUGAGGUAUUUGCAGAAAAGGAGAAUUUAAAUCCUACUUGUGUUCCAAGAAAUCUUGCUCUUGGAGCCAAAGCUGUCCAAUCAUCCGCAUAUAAUAAUAUAGGAGUUGCCCAAAAUGCUAUAGAUGGUAAUAGUCAGUCAAAUUACAUGCUUAGGUCAUGCACUCACACUCAAAUUGAGAAUGAUCCCUGGUGGAGGGUUGACUUGCUGGAAGUCUACAGUGUAACCAAAGUUACCAUCACUAAUCGUGGAGACUGUUGUGAAGAGCGGAUAGAAGGUGCUCAGAUCCGUAUUGGCAACAGCCUGAAAAAUAAUGGCAACGACAAUGAGUUGGCUUCAACAGUUUCAUCCAUCCCAUCUGGAGGCACAAAAACAUUUACGUUUAAGCCUAUUAAGGGGCAAUAUGUCAACAUUUUUCUUUCAGGACGGAAUAAAAUUCUCACUCUGUGUGAGGUUCAGGUAUUUGCAGAUUAAUUUGGACAAAAUGAAGUAAAACCAAGUCCAGUGAUAAAAGAAGAAAAGACAGGAAAAAACAUAAAGAAAGGAUUUUCAAAACAAUACGAAACAUUUAUUUUCAGAUCGUAUUAAAUGCAUAUCAGAUUUCUAUUUUUUUGCAUCAACGUACUGUCAGUAGACCUAAAGGAAAUUAAAAAAAUCUGUAAACAUCUACUCACCAUCAUGCUGUUCCAAACUUUAAUUUAAAUGUGAUAUUUGGGUUGGAUUACUUACUUUAUGGUACACUUUUCGCCUCCAUUUUGUAGCUUGGUCUACUUGCAUGGUUAUGGAAAACAGUAGCCUGGACAUUCUGCUAUGUAUCUUUUUUGUGUUUCAUUGAAGAUUGAUUGGGGAUUUUCAGUGCCAGUAAGCUGAGUAGAUGAUGUCAUUUUCUUGGUAAACUUUCCCUUUAAAAUGCACUUUUAAUAUUUAAGAGCUAUUUCAGUGAACAUUCAAUAAAUGUUUUAAUCUUUAAAACACA